AUGUGUGGAAAGUGUAUCGUUUUCAUCUCACUGAUUGUUUCUGCUAUAGCUAUAUACCCAUACUUUGAUACGCAAGAUUUUAUUUACAAUGUUCCCAAAGUAUUUAGAAUAUCAAUCACAUUGGAUAGGCUCCUGGAAUACUAUGAGAAGACACCAUCCAAGGAUCCAGAGUGGUAUAUCGCAUUGGGGAUAGCUCGAGGUCAACUGGAAUACACAGUUAAUGAGCUGGAUAAAUCGGUGCCAUUGAAGCUUAAGGAGAAUUUACAAAAUAUUACCAGGAGAAUGGAUCGUAUUCGUAACAGUACGGAUUACACAACAUUAGUUUACCGCAGCAAGGACUACGAAUAUGUUGCCAAAGCCACCUUCGAAAAUCUGGAAGUUCUCUCGUCUAUACUCGAGCCUUUGACGAUAGGCACAAUGGGCACACAAAAACCAUAUAGAUUCACAUUUGAGCAAUACGUUCAAGAGGCUAAAACAAAAAUGCCCACAAGAAAAGCGGCAGACGCGUGCAUGAUGCAGCUUCUUAUAUCGGCAAUGGAAAGCCAAACUACUCAAAGCGAUGGCGCCUGUGAGCUCGCACCGGAAUGUCAGGCGCAAAUCAUUCAGGGGUCCGGGCUUGCUUUCCAACAAACUAGUCGUGUUCGGGCCAUAAUGUUAGCUCGAUUUUUCGAUUGUAUGGACGGAGUUGACCUUUCAGCACUAAUUUAUAAGUUGUGUAUACAAAUUUAUAAAGAAACUAAAUCUUUAGAAGCUUGGGACCACCCUGCUGGCACCAGGACGUUAUUUAUGCAACAAAUAUUUAUUUGUGCGUCGCAAGGCUACGGGGAGUUCAUAAAGCCUAGGUGGAUGAAUAAAGUCAUAUCAUGGCAGGAACCCAAAGGCUGUUAUGCUGAUGAUCGACAGCCGUUCCUUAAACUAACCGGAUUCGUCGGACCUACAGCGUCUCCGCCACCGAAAGACAGAGAAGAAGAAUAUCGUGUGAAGAAAGCAGCAUCUUCAGACGGCGGUACUUGUAAUUCCUUGACAUCGGCUAUGGCGCUAGGAACUCUAGUUGUAUAUGUGAGAGCAUUGCUUGAAACCGACCAGGCAUUCCAAUAUGAUGUCCUCGUGUAG